AAAAAAGAGGAGCUGUCACUUUGGUGCGAGAGUGUGUGAGUGAAAAAAGGGUGAAGAAAAUUUUAGAAAUUUUCUCGGAUUUUGUGGCAUUUGUCACCAUUCUUGAGUGAAAUUGAUGUUGUGAGCGUCGAACAAAGCCCCAAAAGACUGCGUGAAGUGUGUAGAAAUUGUAAUUGCCAUAGAGAUUUGCUUGUUUGACUGGAAAUAGUGAAUUGGUGAAAUUUCGUCAUUUGGUUUUCAGACGCAAUUCCCGAGCGCCAUGGCCGUGAAACAUCUCGAGAAGCAGGUCCAUCAGGAGGAGAAGAAGGUGUACGACAUUACGAGCAUUAUCCAAAUUCUCGAGGCAUUCAAUGCACAGGUCCAGGCUGGCGCCCCCUUGCCGAGCGGCAGCGGAAUCGUGCACUUCUGUGAGUACAUUGUCCGGGAGCUGGGCCAGGUGCAGACGCCACGCGACACCGUGCUCAUUAAGACUUUCCGCGAGGAUGUUGCGAAGGUGUUCCAGUACCUCACGGAGAUUUGCGAGAGCAACAGCGACAUCCAGGAGGACAUCGUCACGGGAUGUCUCAAGGUGCUGUACUCCCUUAUCAUCAAUCCCGCGGAGCCGUACGAGGCGGUCUCGGUGGUGCUGCAGUUCUUCGACAAUUCGCAAAUUCCGCGCGCUGUGAACUGGCUCCUUAACAACUACGAGCAAUCGAGCGAUGUGGCGCUGACGCGGGGCUUCAAGGUACUCUGCAAUUGGCUGCGAGUCAUCGACUUCACCACUAAUCUGCACGUGUGGAUCAUCGAGAUCCUCAAUGGAUUGCGUGAGAAGCAGAAGUAUGACUUGCUGAUUGAUCUGUCACUGGAGGUGAUCGAGCCACUCUUCAAGCGCCUAGUGUUGCCAAUGUAUUUGCCAAAAGUGGCUCCAGUUGUGCAGAGAAUCCUCACGUCCAUUCGCCACACGCCUGUGGUGUUUCACAAAAUCCUCAAGAGCGUGCCACUCGUGCUGCAGGUCCUGCGGCAAGAGAAGUUCAUGCUGUGGCACCAGCGAAUCAUCCAGGAUCUGGUGGACACUUUCGCAGCUCUCAUUCUCACCUUUCCUGGUUAUGAUGAUCUCUACAGGGCGACGGAAGUUGCUCUUGCCGCAUUCUCAACCUCCCCAAACUUCCGGAUGAUCCUCGACGUUCCUGCCUGGCAUGCGGAGAUCACACGAAGUGGACUCAAUGCACGCGUGGGACUGGUCAAUCUAGGUAAUACUUGCUACAUGAACAGCGUCCUUCAGGCUCUGGUCAUGACAAAGCAGUUUAGCCGGGAGAUUUUGCUCUCGGAGAGCAAGACGCCACUCCUGCUGAAGAUCCAACAACUCCUGGCACUUCUUCUACAUUCCACUCGCCCUGAGUUGACUCCACGAGCUGUUCUGCAUGCCACUCGGCCUCCAGGUUUCCAGCCUGGCUUCCAACAAGACAGUUCCGAGUUCCUAGGCCACUUGUUGGAAACGCUGCACGAGCAGGAGCGCCAGAGCUCCGUACGCACCAAGCCAGAGGAUGAUGAUGUGACCAUGAACGAGGCGGCGGCGAUUUGUCCACAGAAGUCCAACAACCACAACUCACUGAUCCAGAAGACGUUCGGCGGGAAGAUCUGCAUCACAUAUGAGUGUAUUAAUUGUGGGGAGAAGAGCACAAACAGCGACACUUUUCGUGAUAUCUCUCUGUCGUUUCCCGAUGAGAAGACGGAGAUGACGCAGAAUUAUUCAGUUCAGGACUUGCUGGACUACUACUGCUCGUCAGAGAAGCUGGACGGUGCCAAUCAGUACUUUUGUGAGAAGUGCAAGAGAUUGUGCGACGGUGUGCGAUCGAUUGAUAUCACGCAAGCUCCGCAGAAUCUCAUCCUGACACUGAAGCAUUUCAAGUAUGACCAAAAGUAUCAUGUGCGGGCGAAAUUAAUGCACAAGGUGUUUCACGAUGAGAGUGUGGCUCUGAAAGUGUUUGCCGAUGAUAGUUACCAGCAGCCCGCAGUGGUGAAGUAUGUCUUGUAUGCGGCUGUGGUGCAUUCUGGAGUGAGCAUGGACUCUGGCCACUACUACACUUAUGCGGCAGACCAGGAGUGCUGGUACAAGUUCAACGACAGCUUUGUGAAUAAGUGUUCUGUGGAGGACUUGCACAAUUUAUCACCGCCGAAUACACCCUACAUUCUCUUCUACCGCCGAGAGAGUCCAGCUGAUAGUGGAGCGUCUAAUCCAGUGGCCGGUGAUUCGCUGGUGGGUCUCGAGGAGCUUCCGGGGCAUCUGAAAGAGUUCAUAAUCAAAGACAAUGUGUCGUACUAUGACGAAGUGAAAUUGGAGGCACAAAAGAGGAAGUCAAAUAUGAAUGUGUCCAUUGUUCUGGCGCCCAAGAACCAGCGAGAUUCCGACGAUGAACCUCCACCCAACAAUUGCGGCGGCAAUGCCAUCAACAGCUACAAUAGAUUCAUCAUCUAAAAA